UAAAACUAUAAUCGUGACGUCAUACUGCAAUAUGGCAGCCGACUAGGUGAAUCAUCUGAUAGUUUGUCGCCGUCUAUGUAAUUAUUGAGCUUGUCGAGUGUCGGCCCAUCACAGGGCUCGAAACUGCUUGAGCGGCCGGCGAGUAUCAGCGCAGCGAGUCAGCCGCAAUGUGAUCGGUGCCUUCGAUCUGGACGGACUUGGGUACAUGAGGCCCAUCACGGCGAUCCUACUUCCCGUUGUAAUUUUUAGGCCUAGUAGCAGCCAGCCUGCGGUGAAGUGCGUGGCAGGGACGUCAGAUUUUGGCAGCUGCCUCUGACAUACCACCCCUCAUGUCAUGUGCUCGAGUGAAAAAGUUGUCCUGACGCGUCUGCUUUGAGGCCAAGGUGCUCUAGAAGCAUGUCGUCGUUUAUUUCCAACUUCAAGAAGAUAUUCAACUUGGGCGGUGUAGGAGGAGGAGAUGCCAAGCGUCGCAAAGUUUGUAGUAAUAUUCGCUUCGACGAGAAUCCAGAAGACUUCUGGGAAAUCAUCGGAGAGUUGGGCGACGGUGCCUUCGGUAAAGUGUACAAGGCUCGGCACAGAGUAACUGGCAUAUUAGCUGCUGCGAAGAUAUGCGAGCUCAAGGGAGAAGAUGAUCUGGAAGACUUCACAGUUGAGAUUGAUAUCCUUAUUGAAUGCAAACAUCAGAACAUUGUGGACCUCAAGGAAGCCUUUUUUUAUGAAGGAAAAUUAUGGAUGUUGAUAGAGUUCUGCGAAGCUGGGGCAGUGGAUGGGAUUAUGAUUGACUUGGAAAAACCACUGACAGAGCCACAAAUUCGUUACUUGUGCCAUGAAAUCUGUGAAGGCCUUCGUUUCUUGCAUUCAAAAAAAGUUAUCCAUCGAGAUCUGAAAGCUGGCAAUGUGCUCCUCACUUUGGAUGGAGAUGUGAAAAUAGCCGAUUUUGGUGUUUCUGCAAAGAACAAGCAUACACUACAGAAGCGAGAUUCAUUCAUUGGCACACCAUACUGGAUGGCACCAGAAGUGGUCCUUUGCGAGACGUACCGGGACAAUCCAUACGACUACAAGGCUGACAUUUGGAGUCUUGGCAUUACCCUGAUUGAGUUUGCACAGAUGGAGCCUCCAAACAAUGAAAUGAAUCCUAUGAGAGUCUUGCUCAAGAUCCAAAAGUCUGACCCACCAACCCUCGCCCAGCCUUCCAAGUGGUCGAAAGACUUCAGAGAUUUUUUAUCCCUUUGCCUGACCAAAGACCCAAAUCAAAGGCCAACCUCAGAGGAGCUGCUGAAGCAUCCCUUCGUAACAAAAAGUGUAGAUAGGAAGCCUUUGAAGGAUCUUAUCAGUGAAUACAAGGCUGAAGUGGUUGAAGAGGUGACUGAAGAGCACGAGGAUGACAUUCCUGAUUACCGGCAGUCAUUGAGCAUAGAAAAUGACACGACAGGGGAGACUAUUUCCAAUCUUAGUGAGCCCAUUGAAGAGUCUAACGGAGAAGCCAAGCCAGCUGAACCAAAAGCUGCAGAGGUCAAACCUGAUGAAGUCUCUAAAGAUGAAGUGGUGCCUCCAAAGCCUGUAAGCAAGGAAGGCAGAACUGCACCCAGUCCUCCACCCCAAGCACCUGCUGACAAGGAGUCAGUGUUGGAUAAAGUUGAGGUUCCUGAGGCACGAUCUAAAACUCCUCCCAAGCUCCCAGAAGAACCUGCUCAAGUUCAGGCGAAACCACCGGUCCCUUCAGAAGAGUCAAAGGCCAUAGAAGUGACGCCACCUAAAGCUUUGGACCGGCCGGCCUCCCCAGAGUUGCCAGAGCCUGAGGAGACCCUUCCAGUUCCACAAGCAUCAACACCUAUUCGGGGUGGUGAAGUGGUGGUUGUAUCUAGCUUAUCCAUGAUAGAUGACUCCAGCUCCCACCUGAAGGACACUUGUGAAAUUGGAACUUCUGAAGUAGAUAAAGCAGAACUUUCCCCAAAAGCCCCUGUGGAGCACGAAGUGACUUUUUCUUCAAAGCAUACCAUAUUGGAGGUUGGUGAGGCAGGGCACUGGAAGCAGCAGCCUGGUGAAGUGGACCGCAGCCAUGUGUCUGUGAUCAGCGUGGGUGACCAUGAGGUGGUGAAGGACUCGUCUCUGGUCGUGAGCCCCCACGAGGGCCCAGCAUCGCCUCGUCUGGUGCUGCGGCAGUCAACAGCAGGGCCUCGCGAAGGCUCUCCUGAGAAGCGAAACUCGUUCCCUCGCAUGCAUGAAGGUGCACAGCCACGGCCACCACUUGUCAACGGAGGCUCACACGAGGCAUUGUCUCCAGAGCGACCCAAGGUCCGGGUGAAUGUCAAGCUGCAACAGGGCUCAGCAUCACCACCCCGUGUGGAAAAGACGCCUCGGCGGCCUCCUACCUCAGCAACAGAUGCGCCAGUUGAGCGACGCCGCAAGGAGGUCUCAGACACAGAAAGUGUGUCAACCUUGGACAGUGUAGGCAGCCGCACAAGUGGCAGUGACAAGGAAAACCGCAAGGAGGACUGGGAGGCCACCAAGGAAAAGGAACGUAGUGUUAAUAAUGUACCUGCCAUUCGCAAGAAGGCCCUUAUGACUCAGAACAAUGCAGUACGGCCAAAGACACUCAAGCGGACACGCAAGUUCGUGAUUGAUGGAGUUGUUAUGACAACCACUACCAGCAAAGUCAUCUAUGGGGACCUUGAUGAAGAUAAACAAGCCAAAGAUUACCAUUUUCUCAGGCAACAGGAGCUAAGGGAGCUAAAAAUGCUCCAGAAGAUGGAAAACAAGCAGUUCCAAGACUUGGACAUGAAGGAGGAGUUUGCCAGGGAACAGCAGCAAAAGAAGUUUGAUCAGGAACUGACGACACUUUUGCGAGAUUAUGACAAUGACUUGGAGGCACUGAACCGCACUCAGAAACAGCAAGUGGAAAAGGCUGAGCAGCAGCAGGACCUGGACUUGAAGUAUGCCUCCAGGCGUAUUCGGGCAGAACAGGAACGAGAGCUGAAAGCAUUCAGAGAAAGCUUGAAAAAUGAAGCAAAGCUCUUGAAACAGGAAGUUGAGCUCAUGCCAAAGGAAAAGCGAAAGGACAUGUUUAGGGUUCGAAAAGAAAAAAUGGAUUUGGAUCAAGCCGAAAAGGAGAGGCUUUUUGUGGAGAAACUGAAUGAGCAGCAUGAAUUGUCUAUGAAGCGGCUGAGUGACAGCCAUCGAGAGAAGAUUGCUCUUCUUGAGAAACAGUUCCUACAGCAAAAGCAGCAACUACUGCGAGCACGGGAGGCAGCCCUUUGGGAGCUUGAAGAAAGGCACUUGCAUGAGAAGCACCAGCUGGCUAAGAAGCAACUCAAGGAUGGCUUCUUCCUCCAGCGGCACCAAAUGCUCAUCCGGCAUGAAAAAGAGCUAGAGCAGGUCAAGCGGCUCAACUUGCGACGUGAGGAUGAGCUGCUAAAGCGUCAAGCCCUUGAGCGCCGUCAGCUGCCCAAGCGCAUUCGCUCCGAGAUGAAGACACGCGAGCUCAUGUUCAAAGAAAGCCUUCGCAUCAGCCUGCACGGUGGACCUGACUCUCCAGAUGAGGACAAAGACAGACUGCGCAAGUUCCAGGAAGCAGAAAAGAAGCGAUACAAGGCUGAGCACCAACGCCAGGAACUCAAGCACAGGCGCCAGCUUGAAGAGCUGAAAGCUGCUGCUGAUGCGACCAUCAAGGAGCUAGAACAGCUGCAGAAUGAAAAGCGUAAGAUGCUCAUGGAGCAUGAGACCCAGAAGCUAAAGCAACUGGACGAGGAGCAUGGCAAUGAGUUGCGCGAGUGGAAGGCCAACCUGAAACCACGAAAGCAGAAACUGGAGGAAGACUUCGCAAGGCAAUGUGAAGAACAGGAGCGCUUCUAUGGCACAAGUACGUUCCUCAAUGACUAUGCCAACAUGGAUCGGGAACAAGUGACACUACAAGGACCCCCACGGACUUUAGACACUUCAUAUCAUCCGAGCUACUGAGUUUAGGAUCUUCAUAUAGGCUGCAAAUACCUAACACAUGGUAGCAGUGUUUUUCUCGUUGCUUUAAGGCAUAAUUCUUGAAGCGCCUGUCAGUAAUAUAAGUUUGCUUUUAUGGCACAUUGCCUGAGGGCAUUUGUUCUCUGGGAACCUUUCAAGGACUCGUAAUAGUUACUUGUUUCAUACAGGAGAAAUGCUCUACACCGCCAUAGUCAAGAACAGGUGGGAAAAUGCCAGGAGGACUCUUUAACAUGUCAGGCACAUUGCAAUGUGAGCUACUGUGUUGUCAGUCGGUUAUAUGUGGUAGUAAAGUGUAUGCAUUACCAAGAUGUUAAUCUCUCUCUCUCUCUCUCUCUCUCUCUUUUUUUUUUUUUUUAAGGUGCAUAGCUGAACACAACUAGAAAUACUUGAAGCUGAUUCUGUGACAUAGUUGCAUGCGGCUUCAUACUGUACAUUUUGCCAGUGUCUUGUUUUUCACUAGCACAGGGGCCUAAAGACUUCAGUGCAGGUGGUUUCUCAUUUGGUUUCAUUGCACAGAGAUGCUCUGCGACAGUGCUUUGUGGUGCAAUGGCUCGAAAGUGCCUCACUCUUUGAAACUUACUACCAGUGUCUUUUUUUUCUUCCACAUUUUUAUGUACUUUGUUGUUCUCUGCAAGACACUGCCUUCGUUGUGUCAUGGCCUGUGAGAAGUCCAUCUCCACAAGCUUUUACUCGUUCACACUGCUCUAUGAUGUGACUUAAUUGGACAAGUGGCAGUUCUGCUAGAUUUGUGGAGAAUAUAUCUGCAUUGUUUUAUUGACAGUGGACACAUGUGCAUCACAACGUGUCAAAAUGUAUAACUGUGCCUGUUUGGGUAACUGUAAUGUUGCCAUCUGCAGUCAUUGUUCCUGUCGCAAAAUAUUGGGUGACAUAGGUACUGUCACAUUGUCUACAUCUUCCAGUGUUCAAAGUAUAGCCUCUUGUUUUAAUGUCGCUGUGUACAGAAAACAGACACCAUCUAUUGUGUGUCAGUGAAGCAUGGAAAAUGUGUAACUGUUCCUGUGAACUGGCAGAACCAGUGCUGUCUGUGCAGGCAACCAUGCUUUGCUAGCGUAGGGCUUCUGUGAAUUUUCUCAAAAAGCAAACACAACUGCGAGCAGUGAUAAAAGACCGAAAUGGCCUAGCCUUCCAGUAGUGCAGUUCCAGGGUGUUGCCAGAAUAUGCUUUGUUUUAUAGCUUGGCAUGGUUGUGUGUGAUAGGACUCAAAAUAAGAAUGAAUGUAGCCCAUUUUCUGAUACAUGUAGGUUCGCUGUUACCCAGCAUAAGCACUUAGCAUGCCAUAUCAGAUUUGCCAUCUCUCAACAUGCUUGAGGACGGCUUUUACAGUACUUGUGUGCAUAUGAAACAGAUGGGCUGCCUGCAGAGAUCUUCCUUUGCUGUGCCAGUUGUCAAGGUCACAUUUCCAGAAGUGCUUUGUUGAAACUGGCAUAAUUAACAGUUCCAACAUGCUGUACAUAGUUUGGUACAUGUAUGCGUAGAGACUACUAAUUUUCAUACCAUAUUAAAAAAGUGUGGUAUACUUUUAGUACACAAUAUUUUCAGAAGCUUGCUGAGCAUAAUAAAGCUUUGACAUGUUUUGAA